UCUCCCGCCAAUUCCGCGCGACGCGCACGCGAUAUCCCCGCGUAUUUUCUCUCCGGACGUUCUCGCGCGCAAAAAAAUAUCACCCAGUAAUAUCAGCGAAUACCUUCAAUCAGCUAAAAGCGUUAAACGCGGGACGAGCGGAGAAUCGAGCGAGUAAAGAGAAACGGAUCGCUCUGCUCGCGCGUGCUGUCCCUGUUGAACAGAAUGGCGAAGCGAGGAAGCGAAACGGACGAGAGGUAUAUUAAUUGUGCUACGAGCACGUAAUGUAUACAUUCUCGUUUAGAUCCAAGUAGGCAUCCAGGUCUAACGGCGCCAAGCCGUGAAGGAGGAGGAGGAGUAUCAUUGUGGAAACAUUGGCCUAUAAAUUCGGGAAGUGUGUUGCAUUGUGUCGCGCACGGUUCCACGGUUCUAGCGUUCCCUCCUCGAUAUCUGGCGGACACAAAUAUCGCGAGCGUAGAUUUUCGCGUGCUGAUACCCGCCUACCUACACCUGCACCUGGAUGAAGCCGUGGGCGGCAGGUCGCGAACUCGCCCCGGGCAGCACGAUUCGGGUCACGUAAUCUGCUGUCGCAGGCAGACGAAACUUCGCUACGUAACUGUCUGCGCCGUGCGCAUCCGAUUGUUCGGGGAAUUGGCGACGAUCGUAACUACCCUCGAUGCGCUUUCUCUCCUUACCUCCCCGAAGAGAGCGCGAGCGAGAGCGGGAUAGGACGGAGAGGGGAAGAGAGAGGGAGAGAAACAUUAACGGCGAUCGAGUGGCGGACUUGGAGAGUGCGGACGGCCCGAGCCGAGUUGGAUUCUCGCGCACGCUUCGGGAAUACGAGGCGUUCGCAAGUGAAUACGAUCGUGCAGCGGAAAUUCCUGCGAGGAUGCGCGGCCAACCGGCGAGCAAGACGAGGUGGGCCCAGAUGACGCUAUGACUCACGAUCUGACAACCACUUUGAGGAGCGAGUUGGCGGCCCUCGAGUACAAGCGAGACCGGCUUAUGAGCGAGCUGCAAGAGAUGAAGAGCGUCGUGAGAUCGCGGGACCAGAGGGUGGUGGAGCUGCAGGUGGAGACUGAUCAGCUCCGCGAGCAAGCGGCCAGGCAAAAUGCCGUGGUUUCGAGUCUCAAGAAGCGCAUUCAGGAAUUGGAGGAGAGGGAGAGGAGUCUGUACGCGAAUCAGGGCAGGAGCGAGAUCACGAUCCAAGGUCUGCAGCGUGACGUCAAGUACCACGAGGAGAAGGUCAGGGAGUACGACAAGAAGAUCCGACAGCUGGAGCACAACAUCUCCGAGGAGAUCCAAUUAAAGGAGCGCGCACGUCUGAACCUGCAGGAUUUCGUACGGCGGCUGGCACACGCGCUGAGCGUCGAGUUCUGCGAGACGGCGCAUCACAGCCCCGAGACGAUGAUUCACAAGGCCGAGGAGCUCGUGCAAGAAGUGAAUCGUCUGCGCACGAAAAGCUCCAACGUCGAGACGCAGUUGACCGGGGUCGAGGUGGACUUCAGGACGUGCAGGGACGCCCUGGAUCGCGCGAGCGCGGAGAAGGAUCAGUUGCAGAGACAGGUGUCCGGUCAGCUGGUCGAUCUGGAUCGUUUGCGUCAGGAGAAAGAAUGCCUGGAGAUGCAAUACAGAGUUGCGGAAAGGGACAUGAACGACCUGAGAGACAAGCUGGUGAACGCGAACAGGAGCAUAUCUAGCGCGACGGGCAACAUAUCCAAUCAGGAAGCGUUGAUCUGCCAAUUACGAGAGGACCUGAAGGCCCGCGAGGAGAAGACGCAACGCUUGCAAAAUGAGUUGCGCCACCUCCUGGAGUCCUUGGCGAUCCUCGUCAGUACGCCCAGCCGAUUCGUCGAGUCUCACGAGAACGCGGUCAAGGAUCGCGUUCGGGAGAUCCUGGCGGACCACAAGGACCAAGCGCUAAAAAUACAGAGUCUCCGGGAGAAGGUGAACUCGGCGACGGAGUCGACGAAUCGGCAGAGCGAGUUGGUCGAAUCCACGAUGAUGAAGGUGCGCAGCUUGGAAGAGGAGCGCGCCAGUUUGGAGGCUAAGAUACACAAGUUGGACUCUGAACUUACGAGCAGCGAACUCUCGAGAGAGUCUUUACGCAGGGACAAGCAGACGUUCUUAACUUUCCUGGACCGACUGGGCAAGACGAUGCAAAUGGACGAGAUCUCUCAGGAGAUCGGGAUCGAUCUUCAUACCGAGUCGCUGCUGGUGCGGGCCGAGCAACUGGCCAGGUUGGAGACCGACAAGCUGGUCGACAAGUAUUUGUGCUCCAGCUACACAACCCUACCGAGGAUUCGGCGCGAGCGAUCGUUCCAUGAGCUCCCCUGUCUCAAAGAAACCUCCGUGGUGUAUCAGCUGCAGCGACGAGUCCGGACGCUACGGGAGCAGCUGCAGCGCAGGGACCUGCAUCUGGACCUUCUACGCAGGAAGCUGUCUCUGCAGGAGGACAGCGUGAGGAUGAAGUCCCUGCUGCAGAGCGAACGGGACGAGGCGAACAUUCGCGCGAAGAAGCUGGUGAAGCAGGUCGAGCGGCUGCAGGUCCAAUUGUCGGAGGAGAAGUCGCGGAAUCGGGAGCUGAGCGCACAAUUGACGGAAGCGGCGGAUUACAAGAUAGCCGCGCUGGAACGCAGCCGGAAAAUAGAGGAGCUGCAGAAGCGGCUCGUGGAGAGCGAGAUGCUGCGGACGCGUUACAACCGAAAGUUGACGAUGGUGAAGGAGCAGAUGAGGACGACCGCGGAGACCGCCGACCAGGAGAGGUCGAUCAACGACCACUCCCUGCAGCUUCUACGCGACGAGCUUGCCCAGGUGAAGCAGAACCUCUCCGAGGUCACAAGAAGAGAAUCCCAGCUCCAGAGCUUCCGUGUCUCCGUGGCGAAGUUAUUGUCGGAGCCAAUCUGCACGCCCGAUUACGAGAUCAUUUCGCGGCUGCAGAAAAUGGUCGCGGCUCAUCGCGACUUUACGAUGCUGUCCCGCAGAUACGACGAGCCUUUGGAGACGAGUCCCUCGAGAUGCACCAGCAUCCACCCGGUCCAUCCGCCGAGAUCGCCCGGUUCACGCUGCACCCGCUACGAGGACAGCGGCUUCGCGGACCCGCCGGAUCUCCAUGACAUCGACGACGACUACAGCAAGAGACCGGUGAGGAGCAGCCUUCUUCCGUGACAUCGGCCAAGGUUCAAGUUUUAAGCGCGUCCCCUUGUGAACGAGAGAUCGCAGCGUUUGCGAUCGAGUUCGAGCCACUCUAGCGGAUCGGAACUUCAAGUCCCGACCGAGCUCACAUGGCCGUGGAGGGAAACUGCUUGGCGCAACAAGCACGUGGUAAAACGUUACGUUUACUCGGCGUAAACGAGCGACUUUUACCAAGGACCAUUCGCGCCUGACGUCCCAGCGUCGUGGCGUCUCAGCAAGGCAAGCCGCAGUGCCAGAGCCAUGAGAUCGCUCGUGCGUCGACCGAGCGCGAUCGAGCGGCUCGCGUCGCGACACGAAUUCCGAGCGCAAUAAGCAUGAGGAUAUAUAUCGAGCCAUCGAUCCGUGCCAUUGCGGCCGAAGCGGAGGAGGAGAACUCGUUCCGGCUCGCCCGUGCGAAAUUGCAAUUUCGCGCUAAUUGCCCGGCCAGCGUGAGAAAUUUCGAACGGAUCGCGAAAGGACGCGGCGGGCUACACUGCCUCGAACGAAAACCGCCCAAAAUUGCGAGAUGGAAAUUAGUCGGCCGAGUCGAUUUUGUAGCGCAAGUUUUGUACGCAAAAGUCGCUCCCCAAGGAAUCCCCAAGCUGGAUGCGCCACUUUGGGAAUUCAAGGAUCGUCGUUGGCGAGAAGAGCGAGGGUGCAUCAGCGGGCAAUAACGUCGUUAAACACGCGAAACGGGAUGACUGAAGGAGCGACGUCGCGCGAAACAAGGAUGUUCAUGAGAAAAAGGCAGUUUGUGCGAGGAAACGUGAAUCUCGGAGGAUACGAGCCAAAGACUGAGUUACAGGAAGUUUAGGUUCACCGACACACAACGUCGCGUUUUGAUUUGCGUUUAUCCUCGCGGACUUAUCAUACACUGAGAAAAAAUUGUAUUAAAAUUAAACAAAUAUUUGUUCGAAUACAUACGACUGUGAAGACAUUUACUUAAAUUAAGCAAUUAUUUUCUAAAAUUCAAGACAAAAGUUUACAUUCAGAGAACCUCUGUAUUUCAUUUUAGAAAUUAGUCGCUUAAUUUGAAUAAAUGUAUUCACACUCGCAUUCGAACAAAUAUUUCUUUAAUUUUAGUACAAUUUUUUCUCAAUGUACACACACACACACAUACACACACACACAUACACAUACACAUACAUAGAAAUGUGUACCUCGAACGAUUUUAUUUUAACUAAAUUGUACUCGACUUUCUAUACACUCUGUAUACGUAUAUUAAAAAUCUGUGCAACGUCCAUCCUAACGAAUAUACCUAAGUGUUCAUAAAAAUUUCUACGAAACUCGAA